UGGAAGGUAUGCAGUCUACGUUAUUGUAAAUGAAGACGAUCUAACACGUAUGGCUAUGUUACAUCAUGAUAUGAAUAAUAGCAAUGUUAGAAAGCAACGACGUGAAGGACAGCGAAGCCACGUAGCCUAGUGCUGCAUUCGAACAGCUAACUGAUCUAGUGGAUGAAGACGUGUCUCCCAGACUACUUCAAAGGCUUUCUUUUUUUCAUACAUUGCCAAGACGGCGUCCAUCACACCCUUCUUUUAUUUGACGGAGCUUCUCAUUUGGAAUCACGCCAGACCGCAGCCUGCAGAAUCAGUGCAUAGAUUGUCACAUUAUGAUGUCAGCGUUGAAAUAGCCUAGGAAUCGAUAUUGAAGAAAGCGAAACGAUAUUCGUGUCGAAUUUGAACGAUGUGUUAAAAUGCGUAGGCUAUUUGAUAUUGCUUAGAAUGGACUAGCUCCUCGAAGCUGUAGCUCUGUGUUGGUUGUGACAGAACGUUGUUGUCGAGGGUCCAUGCAAGACUUGCAUUGGAAACAUGUGUGGCUACUUCUCUAAACGGAUCACUGCUAUCAGAGAUGGCAUUUUGGUCCAGUACAACGGUUUUUACCUCUAAAGUGCCCCGGAAGAUCAUAUUCAUGUUUACCCUAUCCCUCUCUGUCACCUACCUUUUCUACAGCUUGGUUAACUGUUAUACCUCGCUACAAUUCCCCGCGCAAGAAAAUUAUGUAUAUCAAGGAAGGCCGGUGACUGACGAAACGACUUUUAUGACAUUAAGGGGAAAACUUUAUUCCACGUCACUCCAGGGCGAAUUAAUAGAACGCACAAGCAGCGAACCAACUAUUUUUUCGACGAAUCCAAACGAUGUUAAAAGCGAAGGGAGGACGGCAGAAUGGGUUAGAACUGAUACGGCUCCCACUAACACCAUCGCGAUGGUUCAUACGGCAAUUAUGGACCAGCAGCACCAAGGAUUCAGCACCACGGAUAGCGUUUUCAGGACCUCUGUGAACAGCACCCCAGAGUAUGGGGAGAAAAAACUGCCUCAAGCCAUUAUAAUAGGAGUGAAGAAAGGAGGUACUCGAGCUUUACUUGAGGCUUUAAGAGUUCACCCUGACGUUAGAGCUGUGGGCAACGAGCCCCAUUUCUUUGAUCGGAAUUACGAGAAAGGGCUGGACUGGUACAGAGACUUAAUGCCCUCUACAUUGGAUGGCCAGCUGACAAUGGAAAAGACGCCAAGCUACUUUGUAACAAGUAAUGCACCUAAGAGGAUAUACACAAUGGCAAAAGACAUCAAACUGAUCAUUGUUGUACGUAAUCCUGUCACCAGAGCCAUUUCUGACUACACGCAGACCCUGUCCAAAAAGCCAGAGAUCCCAACAUUUGAGGUUUUAGCUUUCAAAAACCGAACACUAGGACUUGUUGAUGCCUCCUGGAGUGCCCUGCGGAUUGGUAUCUAUGCAUUACACCUAGAGAGCUGGAUGCAGUACUUUCCCCUCUCUCAGAUGCACUUUGUUAGUGGAGAGAGACUUAUUGUGGAUCCAGCUGGUGAGAUGACAAAAGUACAAGACUUCUUGGGACUAAAGCGCAUUGUUUCAGACAAACACUUUUAUUUCAAUAAAACCAAGGGAUUUCCUUGCUUGAAGAAGCCAGAAGACAGCAGUGCCCCACGUUGUCUUGGAAAGUCAAAAGGCAGAAUUCACCCAAGAAUAGAUCCUGAUGUCAUUCACAGACUUCACAAAUUCUACAAGCCCUUUAACAUGAUGUUCUACCAAAUGACAGGGCAGAAUUUCCAGUGGGAAUCUGAGGAGAAUGACUCACAGGGUUCCCAGGACUAGUAAACUACAGAGAUUCAUAGCAAUACCACCAGCCUUUCCACACCAGAGUCCCAUCUUGUGUAAUUCUCCUUGAAUGAUUGCUUGCACACAUAAAUGACUCACAGCUGUCUUCUCAAUGUGUCUGUAUUCAUAUGAAAAGUGUACAAUGUGAUAUGCUAAUCACAC